UUCUGUGAGGCUGAUAUCAGCGUGGUUGAUCUGCAGCAGAAUGAACAGCUCAGCUAUGUACCCACCUGUCAUGGCACCCCAAGCCAACAUGUUUGUCAAUGUCCCAGGCUAUGAAGGCACUGUGCCAGGAGGAGGUUUCCUGCCUCCUCCCAUGCCCAUGGAGCCAGUAGCCCCACCCCAACCCAGCCCUGAAAAUCCCGAAUGGAGCAUCCCCUCUCUUUCUGAGGAUGAGGCUCGGGAGGCAUUCAAGAAAUUUGUGUCAUCUCAUAUCUGCUACGGUGAAGAUCCAGUCACUCAGGGAGUCAUCACCUCCAUGGAGCCAUUCAACACAUUUAGGUACCGUCUGGAGACAUUCACUGAGUCCAGGUCAACUGACUGGGCCCACAAACCACAUGAAGGUGAGCCUGCUGACUUUUAGACCCAGCCCGCUCCACGACCAUGGGAGGUCCAGGCCACACCCCCCAAACAUUUCAGUGACCACACAGAGAAGAUCCGGGUGCCCUACACGUCCUCCGUCAAGGAAUGCCACACAUGCCAUGCAGCAGGUACUGAGCAAUGCAAGGAGUGCAGUGGAAGUGGAAAAAAAGCGUGCCCGAUGUGUAAUGGUGCGGCAAAGUCCGAUCCAGCCUGCACUCACUGUAAUGGCACAGGCAAAAACAGGUGUACAAAGUGUGAUGGUAGGGGGAAAAAGCAAUGUGAAACCUGUAAAGGAAAAUGUCAACUGCUGACUUACAUUGAGCUAAAAGUGGAAUGG